AUGCUGUCAGAUACUAUUAAAGGAUCUAUGGAUAUGGCUUCUGCUUCUAUGAAAUAUUUAUACGACAAAGCUGCGACCAAAGUGUUAGGGCCAAUGCCAUUCGACGAAUCUGAAUUGACUGAAGCCGAAAAGGCUAACGGUAUUGAAGAAAUGAGAAUGUAUAAUGUCGGCGGUAUAUACAAUGAAGGAAACACUUGUUUUAUGAACUCGGUCGUUCAAAGUUUUGCUUCGUUACAAUAUUUAGAAGAGUUUUUGGAUGAUUCAUUAGGUAUUCCAAGGACCCAACGGGUUCUACCUGAACUAAAGAAACCGGUGAUUCCAGAAUCUGCAUCAGAUGGACUCACCGAAAAUGCGGGUGAAACUGGUACUUCAAUAGCUUCUACAGCAAAUGACAAUAGUGGCUUGAAUGGAAGUUUAGAAUCGGCUGAUACUCUCAAUGGCGGGUCAGGUAAUUAUGAGCAAGGAGGUCAGUCAGAUAAGGUAGAAUCCAGGGCCGGCACUUUGCCAGAAACACAACUAAAAUUACAUCAACCAAGUACCAACGGCUAUUUCUCACUCCCUAGAAACGAAUCACAACGACCUAUGACACCAGGAACUGCUAAGGUUUCCCUUCUCAAAACACUAUUAUCACUCAUGUCACAACUCAACGAGAAAAAACCGUCUUCGCAUACUUACACGACUACCCAACUAAUCAAGUCUAUUUCAUAUGUUCUUGGUAAAGAUGCCGAUGUGCUCACUGGCUAUGACCAGGAAGACGCACAAGAAUUUUUCCAACAGAUUCUGUCGUGUCUAGAAAAAGAAGUGAAGAAAACUCCAACUUCAAAUACAGCCUGGGAGCAGCGUCGACUACGAGAAUCAUCUGUCGAAACAAAUGCCAGUAUUGAUAAUGAAACCAAUGGAAGUGCCAAUAGCGCCAGUUCCAACAACAGUUCGAAUAACAAUAAUAACGAAAAGCUUCUUACGCCGUUCGACGGUGUAUUUGCUACACGGGUAGGAUGUGUCAAGUGUGGUGAAAUGGAAGGUAUUAGAAGAGGAACACUUUCAUCAGUUGACCUGAGUCUUCAAAACGGCGGUGAUGACUUUGAACUAGAAGGAUUACUGGCUGAAUACUGUGCUAUGGAGACGAUAUCUGGAGUUGAAUGUUACCGGUGCAGUUUAAAUGCAUACAAGACCGAACUCGAAACAAGACUCGAGAACCAGACUGUUGGAGCACUACGGAAUCUAUACGCCACGAGAGUUGAAGAACUCAAGUCAGCUUUAAGCGAUUUAGUCAUUGACGAAGCCAAAUAUGCCAAACUCAAGCCCACUAAACUGAAAGAACUAGGAGAUAAGACGAAACAGACCAUGUUUGCCAUGCCAUGUGCCGAUAUUAUGAUGAUUCAUAUCAAUCGAUCUGUGUUUGAUCUCAACACAGGAUACUCUCGCAAGAACUAUGCUCCAGUGAGAUUCCCCGUUCAGCUGGACAUGUCGCCAUUCAUCGUCGACACCAACGACCCGGUGAACCGCGAUCCGUCUAAACCCAUGGCACACAUUGCAUCUGGCCGCAGGUAUCUGUAUAAUUUAAAAGCCACCGUCAUUCAUUAUGGUUCGCAUAAUUUCGGCCACUACGUGUGUUUCAGAAAGUGCGAACAGGGCUUCUGGUGGAGAAUCUCCGACCACUCUGUGGAUCUCACAACCGAGCACGAGGUGCUACGCACCCAGGGUGUGUUUAUGUUGUUUUACGAACGUGACCAUGAAUAA